GUGAUGGUCGGUAUGGGACAGAAGGACAGCUACGUCGGUGACGAGGCUCAGUCAAAGAGAGGUAUUCUCACCCUUAAGUACCCCAUCGAGCACGGUAUAGUCACCAACUGGGACGACAUGGAGAAGAUCUGGCAUCACACCUUCUACAACGUGCUCCGUGUGGCUCCAGAGGAGCACCCCGUUCUCCUGACUGAGGCUCCCCUCGACCCCAAGGCCAACCGUGAAAAGAUGACCCAGAUCAUGUUCGAGACCUUCAACUCUCCAGCUAUGUAUGUGUCCAUCCAGGCUGUCCUGUCUCUGUACGCUUCCGGUCGUACCGAUGGUAUUGUUCUGGACUCUGGUGAUGGUGUCACCCACACUGUUCCCAUCUACGAGGGUUACGCCCUUCCCCACGCAAUCAUUAGACUGGAUCUCGCUGGGCGUGACCUCACAGAAUACCUUAUGAGGAUCCUGACCGAGCGUGGUUACUCCUUCACCACCACUGCCGAGCGGGAAAUCGUCAGGGACAUCAAGGAGAAGUUAGCUUACAUUGCUUUAGACUUUGAACAGGAAAUGCAGACUGCUGCCUCUUCCUCUUCAUUGGAGAAGAGCUACGAGCUUCCCGACGGUCAGGUCAUCACCAUUGGCAACGAGAGGUUCCGUUGUCCAGAGGCCCUCUUCCAGCCUUCCUUCUUGGGUAUGAAAUCUGCUGGUAUCCAUGAAACAACAUACAACUCCAUCAUGAAGUGUGAUGUUGAUAUUCCUAUGUAUGUGUCCAUCCAGGCUGUUCUGUCUCUGUACGCUUCCGGCCGUACCACGGGUAUUGUCCUUGACUCUGGUGAUGGUGUCACCCACACUGUUCCCAUCUACGAGGGUUACGCCCUUCCCCACGCCAUCAUGAGACUGGAUCUCGCUGGGCGUGACCUCACAGACUACCUCAUGAAGAUCCUGACCGAGCGUGGUUACUCCUUCACCACCACUGCCGAACGAGAAAUCGUCAGGGAUAUCAAAGAAAAAUUAGCUUACGUUGCUUUAGACUUUGAACAGGAAAUGCAGACUGCUGCCUCUUCCUCUUCAUUGGAGAAGAGCUACGAGCUUCCCGACGGUCAGGUCAUCACCAUUGGCAACGAGAGGUUCCGUUGUCCAGAGGCUCUCUUCCAGCCACCCUUCUUGGGAAUGGAAUCUGCUGGUAUCCACGAAACAUCAUACAACUCCAUCAUGAAGUGUGAUGUUGAUAUUCGUAAAGACUUGUAUGCCAACAUUGUUCUCUCAGGAGGCAGCACCAUGUUUCCGGGAAUCGCAGACAGAAUGCAGAAGGAGAUCACAGCCCUUGCCCCCAGCACAAUGAAGAUCAAGAUCAUCGCUCCUCCAGAGAGAAAAUACUCCGUCUGGAUCGGUGGCUCCAUCCUUGCCUCUCUGUCCACCUUCCAGCAGAUGUGGAUCAGCAAGCAGGAGUACGAUGAGUCUGGCCCGUCCAUUGUUCACAGGAAGUGUUUUUAGGGACUGACGUUGGACACGAUAGGGACAUUUUAGCGAACAUUUUUCGUCAUUAACAAGACCACUAUGAAGUAUUUUUAUUCUGAUUGUUGUCCCAAAUUGAAGAUACCGAGGACGAACUGUUUUGUUUUUUGAAAUGAAAAUUGCACCAGGACUCCAGAGAUUUUGAAUAUUUACUUAAUGUUGUUCAUUCUCAUUGGGUAUUGACAGUUUUCUUUGGGUAUGUGCAGCAUGCUUACAGCUUUUUCUCCAUGCAAUUCCUCCCAGUUUGGUUUCAAGAUGCUCUAUUUUCGCGACAAGUCACCAAAUUUUGUGUUUGGGUGCAAUAAACUAGUGUAAGGUCAAUAUUCACAGUUAGCAAUGACAUUUAUAUUGAGUUCAAGCCUUCAACUUUAAUAACAGUCAAGUUUGAAAAACAGUUUUCAGCUAUGCGUUUCUUUUUUUGACCAGUAUAUACUACUCCCUUGGGUCCAGCCCAUUGGUUAGUUUUCAAAGUUACAAAAAGUUUUGUAACGGAUGGUUGUUGUACAUUAUGCACUACAAUAUAGUUCGUGUGUGCCUUUAUUAGAUUAGUUAAUACAUUUGUGUUAGGGAAUACAGUUAGCCAAACUGAAACGGCUACAUUGGAUAAUUAUGGUUAAUUGUGUUUUUGAUUUUCAUGCGCAUUGGUACGUAAGCAACUCAAAAUUUAGUGGUUAAUGCUGAUUUAUGUAUGCAAAUAUGCAUCGUAUCUGGAGCUCUGAUUGCUCUUAAUAUUCAAAAUAUGAUUACUAUUUUACAUUUGAUCUGUUUAUCUCUUCUUAGAUGAGAGCGUUAUAUAUCCUGAUCCCUCUUUAUCCCCCGCAGCGAAGUGGAGCGGGGGAGGAUAUGGGAGCGUAGUUCGUCCGUCCUUCCAUUUCUCACCGACUAUUUAAGUUCGAGAAAUUAACUUUAUAACACUGAUGUUACUGGUCGUGAUCCUAAAUGAAUUCGAAAAUUUGUAUCUUAAAUUCAUUUUGUACAGAUUUAUGACCCUUGCUCCAUGCUUUUCAACUGGUUAAAUGGGGACAUGUUUUAUCAGAAACUACUGAAGUUUCAUGUACAUGAAUAAAAAGCUUAUCCAAGAGAA